GAUUGGGAAGCUGAGUAGCAACGCAACGGUAGUUUGAGACAGGACCGAAGACAUGUGUGGAAUCUUUGCAUAUCUGAACUAUCACGUGCCUCGCACUCGUCGUGAGAUCCUUGAGACUCUUCUUAAAGGUCUCCGGCGGCUGGAGUACCGCGGCUAUGACUCGGCAGGAGUGGGUAUUGACGGAGGCAAUAGCAAGGAAUGGGAGAACAAUGCCAAGGCCAUCCAGCUUAUCAAACAGCAAGGCAAAGUGAAGGUCCUGGACGAGGAGAUCCACAAGCAGCAGGAUGUUGAUCUGGAUGUGGAGUUUGAUGUGCACCUCGGCAUCGCGCACACUCGCUGGGCCACACAUGGUGUCCCUAGUCCUGUCAACAGUCACCCACAGAGAUCUGACAAGCACAAUGAAUUCAUUGUCAUUCAUAACGGGAUCAUCACCAACUACAAAGACCUGAGAAAGUUCUUGGAGAGUAAAGGCUACGAGUUUGAGUCAGAGACGGACACAGAGUCCAUUGCUAAGCUUGUGAAGUAUAUGUAUGAUAACCGUGAGAGUGAUGACAUCAGCUUUGCCACGCUCGUGGAGCAGGUCACCCAGCAGCUGGAGGGAGCGUUUGCGCUCGUCUUCAAGAGUGUCCACUUCCCAGGAGAGGCCGUGGGAACGAGGAGAGGAAGUCCACUGCUGAUGGGCGUGAAAAGUGACCACAAGCUCUCGACGGACCACAUUCCCAUCCUCUACCGCUCCUCUGGUAAGGAUAAGAAAAGCUGCACCACUCUUCCCAGGAUGGGUCAGGACACUUGCCUGUUUCCUGUGGAUGAGAAAUCUGUUGAAUACUACUUCGCCUCUGAUGCCAGUGCCGUGAUUGAGCACACCAACCGUGUCAUCUUUCUGGAAGAUGAUGACAUUGCGGCGGUGAUGGAUGGGCGUCUGUCUAUCCACCGGAUCAAGCGCACAGCGGGUGACCACCCGGCGCGUGCCAUCCAGACCCUGCAGAUGGAGCUGCAGCAGAUCAUGAAGGGUAACUACAGCUCCUUCAUGCAGAAAGAGAUCUUCGAGCAGCCCGAGUCUGUGGUAAACACCAUGAGAGGCAGAGUAAACUUUGACGAUAACACAGUGACGUUGGGAGGACUGAAAGAUCACAUCAAGGAGAUCCAGAGGUGUCGGAGACUCAUCCUCAUCGCAUGUGGAACCAGCUACCACGCCGGUGUUGCGACUCGUCAGGUGUUGGAGGAGCUGACCGAACUGCCCGUCAUGGUGGAAUUGGCCAGUGACUUCCUGGACCGCAACACGCCUGUGUUCAGGGACGAUGUGUGCUUCUUCAUCAGCCAAUCAGGCGAAACGGCGGACAGCCUGUUGGCCCUACGGUACUGUAAGGAGCGUGGGGCCCUGACGGUGGGCAUCACCAACACAGUGGGAAGCUCUAUCUCCCGUGAAACUGAUUGCGGGGUCCAUAUCAAUGCUGGCCCUGAGAUUGGAGUAGCCAGCACCAAGGCCUACACCAGCCAGUUUGUGGCUCUCAUCAUGUUUGCCCUGCUCAUGUGUGAUGACAGAAUCUCUGUGCAGCCUCGGAGACGAGAGAUUAUACAGGGCCUCAAAGUUCUUCCAGAUCUGAUAAGGGAGGCGUUGAGUCUGGAUGAGGAGAUCCAGAAGCUUGCCACCGAGCUGUACCAGCAGAAGAGCGUCCUCAUAAUGGGCCGAGGAUACCACUACGCUACCUGCCUGGAGGGGGCGCUGAAAAUCAAGGAGAUCACGUACAUGCACUCUGAGGGCAUCCUGGCUGGAGAGCUGAAGCAUGGACCUUUGGCUCUGGUGGACAAGCUCAUGCCCGUCAUCAUGAUCAUCAUGAGAGACCACACAUACAGCAAGUGCCAGAAUGCUCUGCAGCAGGUGGUGGCAAGACAGGGCCGGCCUAUAUUGAUCUGCGAUAAGGACGACUACGAGACCAUCAAGAACUCGAGCCGCACCAUAAAGGUGCCGCACUGCGUGGACUGUCUGCAGGGCAUCCUCAGUGUCAUCCCACUGCAGCUGCUCUCCUUCCACCUGGCUGUGCUCCGAGGAUAUGACGUGGACUGUCCAAGGAAUCUGGCCAAGAGCGUCACAGUGGAAUAAGCCCCUCACUUUCCGUGAAACACACACACACACACACACACACGCACAGUAAGAAUACUGGAAGUAAACGUAAAGGGUCUUCUAUACUUCCCCAAUUUUAUACAGGUCUUGCUCGAGUCUUUUUACAUCAUCUGUUACGUUCUGAACCGCUCCGUCUGCUGCUCGUUGCUUCAUCCCUUUCGUUGGUGGUGACAGGCUGAGAUGCCUCUUGGCUCCCUGGCGGGUGAACCCGGCCUUGGUGUGUGCUCUAGUAGAAGCCCGCGUCUUGUCCUGAAGCCAUUCCCCUUUUGCGCACGUUUGGUUUGACUCUGUCCUGUCCGUAGACACCCAGCUUUCAAUAUCCACCCUUACACUCGGAGGUCUUUUAGCUAGCUCUUCUUAGCCUUAAGAAUAGUAACACGUCAUUCUGAAAGUUUUCAGUCCACUGCUUAAGUGACAAAACAUUUCAAUGACCCCUUGUGUGUGUAGAUUGCGAUUCCAACUGCAGUAGCGGUAGUGGAGACUUCUACUUGUGCAUUUUUAUAAUGCACUAGAAAUAACAAUCCCCCAAAAAAACAACCCAGGAAUCAAGUCGAUGGCAUGCAUCUAUAUAUUUUUUUGCCUUUAGUCGUCUGGUCCAGAGCUCAUCUUAACCGCUAGAAACAGUGAAGUUUGGCAGUCAGUCAUUUAUCUUGUAUUCCUGAAAAAUGGCCUGUCUUUCUGGACAAGUUGGUCAUCAUCCCGUAGUGCAGUUGUACAGUCUUCUUUCUGACACUCACCACGCUGAAGAUUUUUGAUGUUUUUAAUGCAGAGGUCAGAACGACCAAAUGUGAUUACGAACAUGGCUGUAAUGAAGUAUGAUGGCUCCAUGAAGUAAGCACAUGCACGCCGUGCCAUGCCACCUGCUACCCUUUAGCUGUCAGGAAUGCAGUGUCCUUUAUCCGACGGGGAACGCGGUGGCACCGUAACCGUGGCAACACAUGCAGAAGCUCGAGUUCUGGUCCAGGCGUCCGCUUGGUGAAGACGGGCCCUCCUACCCCCGGAUGGCAGGGGAAUCCGAACGCGACUCGUGCAGUGUUUCCUCUGGGUCAUGGGGGUUUUUCAGUGCCUGGUCAUUUCAGUUGGGAAACGUGGCAUUCUAGCUAGACAACAGAUCCAUGACCACAGGGAUUAUUUUUUGUUGUUACUUUAGUAACUAUGCUGACAAUGUUAUUCAUCACAGCCUUUUACCCGUUAUGGGAUCAUGUGAUAUCUGGGGUGUACUGUGAAGCUGAAUGAAGCCACCUAGAUUAAGUGUACAGUAGUCUGAGAUCAAGCCAUGGAAGCUGUUCAUCUGAGCCCGGUUGCUAAGGUUUGGCUUCACAGUGCAUCCCUCUGCGUGCAUUUUGCCCAUUGUUUUUGUUUGCUUCAUUGUGCUGAUUUGUUUGUCCUUGGACUUUGUUACUUUGAAGGAUGUGAGUCUGUUAGUCUUGGUGCAUCUCUACGCACACCUCUGCUUUGUUUUGUUUUGUUGUUUACAUGCAGGGCUUCCUUAUACUAUUCCAUCUUUUCCUUCUUAUUGUUACCAUGGGACCAUAUUCAAUCUUUUUUUGGGGAUUAUGUCCUUUUGUUAUUGGGUAUAGAAGGGUUAUUUUUAUUGUUGUAAUUAUGCUUAUAUAUGUCUAAUUUGUUCAGAAUAUCAUUUUUCAACAUUCACAAUUGACACCAUUGUACAAUCAUUGCUAUAGAAAAGGAAAUAUCUUGCUUGAAUGUCGUUUAGAAGGAUUAGAUGGGUCUGAGCCAUGUGCUCUUAUUGACAUGUAGCCAAAAGCACGCUUUCCUCUGUGUGUGAAACGGAAGAGUUGAGGGGGGGAAAAGCAAAAAUCAGAAGCGUUCAUACUUCUGUCUUUUUAGUCUGUUUAAUCCGUGGUAGAGUUCAGGCCCUUCCAAAAGGCCAUCCAAAGGAGUGUACCAGCAGACUGCCACAGGUCAGCAUCCCAGCCUUCUCUCUAUACAGUGUGAUGUUGAGCAGAACACGGCGUGUGCCGAUGCCUCGGAGCACACCACAGGGAAUUUUCUUUUUACCUUGCGUUGUCUGUGCCCUCAUUUCUUAAGUGUCUGCUUCCUCUGUUGGUUUUAUCAACAUUGCUCCUAACAGGUUAAGAUGCCUGGGAUAAUUGAGUCUUCCCACUGCAAAAUCCAACAUGUAGGGUUUAAAAGUGGAAAAUCCUAUAUAGGCCUUCUAACAGAGUAAACAGACCUUGGCAAUGAAUGGUGCUGAGUGUCUGGUAAGGAUUUUUACAGCCUUAGUCCCUCAUUAAGGUGAUGGCGCUGUCUAAGACCAUUGUUUUUUUGGAUGUUGGGUUUUAUUUACAACCAGAGUAGUUGCAAUAAAAUGCUGAUUAUUUCUCCUA